GCGGGGACGAGGGCGUGGGAGCCCGGGCGGCUGAGUUCCCCGCGGAGAUUGGCUGGCGCAGCGGACUGACGUCACACAGGGUCGUUCCAGCCCGCCUGCCUGUCUUCUGCUAGGUUUUUAAAACGCUGAAUACAGUUAAAGAGCAUCUCCCAUCUCUUCGGUGGGAGAACCCUUCAAGUGUCGGUCUUCCUCGCGCAAAACCGUACGCGGAGGGAGGAAGAACGAAACCGUUACUGCGGAUCCAGAAGCCAUGGACCCUGGAAAAGCCUUCCAUCAUUCAACAGUUAGGAACAAAGACUAUCAAAAAGUUUGGUCGUCAUCUUCAGAUCCUGUGCAUUUUGAAACGGAUGUUUCUCAUGAAAAAUUAGAAAGCGUGUCAGAAGCAGAGGCCAUCAAUAUCAGCAGUCUUUCUCAAGACUUAACCCACUCACAUUCUCCCAUCUAUAUGGAAACCAACAGUACCACUUCAGACUUGCCUCAGAAUGAAACAAAGAAUGCUGAAAGGGAAGUUGAGUCUAAAUUCACACUUUGCGAAGAAAUGUAUGGCACACUAGAUGAUUGGUUAGGCGAUGUCAGCAUUGGAAAUGAUUCACAGAACCUACUAACUCAGCCAGCCGACAUUUCCUCCUUCAGGCAAUUUGAACCCUUUUGCAAAUUUCAUCUCAGAGAAGCACUUAAUAAUGGAAUGAUAAUAUCUCAAAAUCCAACAGAAAGCUUACCUUACACAGAGAAACCAGAAAGGCAAAGUUGUGUGUGUAAUUGUGCAAAAGACACCAAUGUGAAGGAAAAUUUAUUUAAGGAAGAAAAUCCAGUGGGAACUAGCACCUCCACAAAUGAAGACCAGCUUGCUCACGAGUGUGUCAGACAACCUUCUAGAAGCCCACCUCUAGUCCACAGCAGUGAAGAAACACUGAAAUUCAGGGAAAUGUCACUGCCUAAAAGUGCUCACAUGGAGUCUAGUCAACCUCAAAGCUUCCUAUAUGAGGAGAAUGUGCACAGAGAUGUUGAAAAACCAUUUUAUCAAGAUAAUAGCUUUAACCUCUUUGAUCUGAGAACUAAUUAUACAACAGAGGAGAUCUCAGUGUCUUCGAGAGGAAUACAGACCUUUGGGGAUAUUCCUGAGAUGCCAGUCUGUCACCAUAAGGAGGUCGCUGUGGAGGGAAUGGACAGGCCACGGAUGGGCUCACCUUGGUCUCCUGCAAGCAGUACUUGGGGUCGUGGAUCAUCUCCAGAUGAAGGCAAGAUGCCUGACACAAAGCAGAGCUUGGAAAGCUUACAACUUCCAGAAGAGGAUAUGGCUUUAAAUGAAGUCUUACAGAAAUUACAGCACACUAACAAACAGCAACAAACUCGGAUCCAAGACCUGCAGAGUAGCAACAAGUAUUUAGAGAAGAAGGUCAAAGAACUACAGAAGCAGACUACCAAACAGCAGGUGUUCAUGGACAUCAUAAAUGAGCUGAAGGCCAAGGUGGAAGAAUUAAUUGAAGACAAAUACAGAGUGAUGCUAGAGAAGAAUGACACGGACAAGACACUGAAGAAUUUGCACGAGGUCUUAGCUCAAACCCAAAAGCAUCUUCAGGAAGCUGGGCAUGAAAAGGAAACCUUAAAGCUGGAGCUUAAGAAGAUCAAGGGCAAUUACAUUCACCUACAGGAAAGGUACAUGACUGAAAUGCAACAGGAAGAUGAAACCGUCAGUCAGUGCCUAAAGAUGGACAGAACCCUAAGGGAGAAAGAAGAGGAGGUGGAGAAACUGAAGCAACUCAAGGGGGAGCUGGAAAAGGCCACCACCUCCACUCUGGACUUGCUGAGAAGGGAAAAGAAGGCCCAAGAACAAGAGUUCCAGUCUUUACAGGAGGAAUUUCAGAAGCAUGAGGAGGAACACCUGGAAGAAAGACAGAAACUGAAAGCAACACUCAAAAAACUGCACACUCAAGUUCAUCAUUUGCAGUUCGUAUCUGAAAACGAGAAGGCAAAGAACGCCCAACUCCAGCAGCAGGUCAACGAACUAAAACAGGAAAAUGCAAGGUUUCGGCAGCAGGUGGUGAGGAGCCAGGAGCCAAACGAUGCCCCUGGGUUUGACACGGCCUGGUUAACGGAGCACUCUGGAGAAGCGAUCGAGGCCGAUAUCAAAAAGGAUUCUAAUUUGUUCCUGAACUGCUCACCUGGUGAAAAAAACUUGAGUCCCCCAGAUGUGAAAAGGACUUCUCAGCUGGUCUCCAAAAUUCACAGUGUUCCAACUCUGAUGGACAUCACCACUCCCGAUGUUGAACAAAAAUUGAAGCACUUCCAUCUUAAGAAGGAAAGUUUAGAUAAAGAGUUAUUGGAACAUAAAGACAAAAUCACAGCUUUUAGAGAGCUAAUUGCAAAAGAAAAAGCAUUUCAAGAUCAGGUUUUUGAGUUUACAGGUUUUGAUUCAGAUGAAGCCACAAGUGCUGGAGAUAUACCCGUCUUACUGGGAGCCAAACUGAAUAGGUACCACAGUCUGAAUGAAGAACGUGAUUUCUUGAUAAGACCUUUUAUUGCAAAAUUGGGAAAUCUUCUAGAAUCAAAAGAAGACCGUUGCAGCAGACUCAUUGAAGAAAAUGACAAAUAUAAAAGACAUUUAGGCAACUUAAUAAAUAAGGUUACAUCCUACGAAGAAAUCAUCGAAUGUGCUGACCAAAGGCUCACGAUAUUCCACUUCCAGAUUGCACAUUUAGAAAAGAGAAAUAAACAUUUGGAAGAUUUAAUUAGGAGGCCUAGAGAGAAAGCAAGAAAACCACGGCCCAGAAGAUUAGAAAAUCACCCAAAGUCCUUGACCACGCUUCUGCUUCAUGUCGGGCCCUCAUCAUUUCUUAUCUGGCGGAUGACAGUCAUCUACUGGUGCUUCUGCCUCCAGCUGGGGGCCCUUCCUUCCAUCCUCCACCGAGCAGACUGCGAUCUUUCAGAAGCAAAUAAGAUGAAGCCCCUUCCCUAUGUAAAACUCUUCGAUGGUUCCCUGUUGCAUUCCGGAUCAGUUUGAGCUCCCUAACACAGCACAUAAGAUCCUCUCUGACCUGGCCCUUGCCUUCCUAUCCAGUCUUCUCAUUCACUGCUUCGUUAUCACCUUCUCACCGCCAUACACCCAACCAUAUCAAACCACUUGCCCCUUUCCAAACAUGCUAGGUUAUUUUCAUGCCUUCCUGAUAUUGCCUAUACAGCUUCCCCUGCCAAGAAUGCCCCCUCUCAGUUCCUUGUGUCCCCUUACUUUAGCUCCCACCUUACAAACUUAUCUGCCAGCUCAAGCUCGACUUGACAGGAACCCUUUGAGUGCAGGAACUAUCUCAUAUUCAUUUUGGUAUUCCCAAGCACCUACCCCAGAAUAGGUAUGAAAUAGGAGGGAGUGUUAGGCAGACUCAGGACCCAUUACCAAUGCUACCCAUGCUGGAGUAAUUCUUAAUAGAAGUUACAGCCACUGUUGCCCUUGUCCCACCCUGGGUCGAGCGCAUGUAUUCAUGAAAACCCAUGAUUUAUAUCUGGCAUAGCUUUGUAGAAGAGGGUACAAUCCAAGGGUAUGUCUCUAUAUGCCCCCCUGAGCCCCAGCUGUUCUAAUAGUUGAGUUAUGAGAAUACCUUAACACUACCAGCUCUCCGUUAUAUUGUACUGAUGAGUCACUUCCUGAAUCACAUAGAUUCUUGGUUCUGUUCCUUUGUCUUCAUUCUGCCAACUGGCAACCAAACUAAGGAAGAGGAAAUUCAACCAUCCUUGUUCCUUGUCAUGUUCCUUAAUGGAAAAAAGGUUGAAACAAACAAAAAUCCUUAUUAAAAUAUAGUAUUGGUAUUAUCUGAGAAGUUCAUCUAUCUAUAGGUUGUACCCCUUUUCCAUGUGUUUCAGAAUUAGCUGUUUAUGGAAUAAGAAUUGUAUGUAUAAUCAAGAGUUCCACAUGGAAUCAAGAAUCAGCUGUUCUAUCACUGAAUGCCUGUGUUUCCUAAAAAUUAAAGAUAUACUUUUUUCCUUUCAU